GUUUUCGAGAUCCACUUGAGAGAUUCGGCUGAAGAAGUUAGCAAACAUUGACAUUAAUCGGCAAUUCAAGGUAUGGGUGAAACAGACGUUGUUGCUAGGAGUCGUGUAAAGAUUGACGCCAUGAUGUUCGAUUCCGGAGAUGACGUCACUGAUAGUGGCGCGCCGUCCUGUAUGUUCGAUGCCGACAUGGAAACCACCAAGAAGCGCGGGACAGACGAUCAUCACUGUCAUCGUUUUUACCCUCUGGAAAACAACGGAUUAGCUUCAAUGCACAUAAAAAAGGGCGACGAGUUGUGGUGCAUGAAACACCAGGAUAGAUAUUACGAAGUGACCACUUGGACGCACCAGACAGUUUUACACAUGCUCAGACACUUGCCACUAGUGGAAGAAGACACGUUCACUCUGAUACUCCGAAGAGUCUCCAGCGAUGGUUCGUAUGACAUACUGGAGGUGAUCAUUAGUAAAGUUGUAACGGAUGAUGCAGGCGGUGUGAAGUCAUACUACAGUAUUGUAGUGAACGCUAUACAUUUUAGUUUGCAUCCCGUGGAUAUUGAAAAUAUCCAAUACACGGGUGUGGAGCGGGUUUGGGUUCGUCACGGCGCUUUGAGAGGCCACUUUUUAACCAAGUCACCGUCAGGGUUACCGACCAUGGAAGAUAUCCCGGAUGUAGACGGUGGAGACGACGAUAAUCGAUUUAUUUUCAAGCAAUACACAUUUACUGGUUUGAACGAGAAUGAAAACAUGGUCUUCAUAGCAUGUCUUCAACAUGUUCAAUCCAACAGAUUCCUUACCGCCACCUUCAGCAACAGCGUUUCGUUUGUAGAGGACGAAGAAUUUUCUGUCAACAAAAGGAAACCCAUCAAACCUGAUCAGCGAUUCUUUUACAUGCAUCCACACAACAAUUUAGUGUACCUGGAAUCAGUGAUUGUCAAAGAUUUGUACAUCAAGUUUGACGUCAUGGAUCGGUUACGGAUGGCAAAAUGCAAACCCGCACCAUGGGAACGAGCCUGCGAGGACACCGGACGAAAUUUUUCUUUUGACAUGCAACAGUGUUGACGCUUGAUCCAAAAAUAGGCAUAUGGGAAGAUGCCCCAUGCUUGUCCAGCUUUCAAUUAGGGACACUGAGAGUGAUGUGCUGGUGUAAUGAGUCAAAUCACUGAUGGUUGAUGGGAGGGGAGGGAGGGGUGGGGUGGGGGGGGUCUGUCUUUAAGGUUCAUACGCCCUUUGUGUUAGGGGAGGGUUAUUUUGCAAAUCUUAAUUUGUUUAAUACACACCCCCCACCCCCCACCCCCCACCCCGAAAACAUGGUAAUAAUCUGACUGGUGGGGUGGGGACUGACUGCAACACUGUUGUUGAUCGACCAUUUGACUGAUGCUAACCCCAGACAC